CUACGCCAUAUUGGACUGUUUCUGCAUCAAAAAACUUUUAUUUAUUCACAAGUUACAAGUUUCUAGCGUGACUUUAGCGCUUUUCUAUUGUUCUAUUUGUAGCAUAGAUAGUGUGAAACGAAAUGCGAUAUUGAUUCAAUGCUGUGAUAAUGACAGAUAUACACUCGCAGUCAACCCCUCGCCCUGGGGGAAGCAGGGGCAAGGGUACAGAUGAUCCCACCAAGUUCCUCCCUGUGAUGCCAUCGAAGAGGAGCAAGCCAGCUUGGCAGCAGAACCAGCCAGCUUUCCUUCUCACUGGCCGCCCAGGGGAUGAUGAUGAUCAGAAUGGUAUUGAUCUUGUCUCAGAACUCACUGCAAGAGAGCCAAAGAAAAAGCGUGGCUCCAAGAAAACAGUGGAUGCCGGUGCUGCCAAUGGUGUGGGAAGUGGCUUCACUCAUCCAAAGAAAGACAGAGAAAACUUUAGGAAGGCACUAGUGGACAUUAUUAUGCAAGAAGAACAAGCUCCUUCUCCCAGACCAGCUUCUGUAGAUGGUGAAUUACCGCCCCUCUCGAGAACUGGCUCUCCAAGUGCUGCGGAAAAAGACAUUCUGCGGUACUACUACUACAUCCACAAUGGCAUCGACACAGAGCAUGUUGCCCCAAUGGAGGACUCGUGGCUCGAGAAUGUCCUACGUCUGGUGCCGACACUUCUCAAAGACGGCCAUGCUGAAACAAUAGAAAAUCUCUCAGAUGAAAUGAGAGAAGAUUAUCUGCUCAGUGUAAAGAAGGCUAUUGUUGAUUUUGUUCUGCGUGAUCCACGUGAGAAAGAAGACGCAAAAGACAUUGAGUUACCUCCACACAGAGCAGAGCUGGCUGUCGUACCCAAACCAUGGAACAAGUCCUACUUGGACGCCAACUUCCGCAUCCAACAAAACUUACAUGUGACCAAUCCCUGCAUGAACCAGGUGCUGGACCUCUGGCAUCAGUCUUUCAACAAAUUGCGCUUUGUUGAUGAUGAUGAGUUCCACCAGCGUCGUGAGUCCAUGGAACUCUCGUUGUUCCAAAACCUGAUCAUGAGACAUAUAGACGCAGCAAAGGAAAAACUUCUCAAAAAGUGGUUUCCUGAAGUACAGAAUAUCUUCUACCAAGGCAACAAGAGAAAGCAGGUACCGAGCAACCACGACCAGGCAAAACUCGAGUCGUUCUUUAACUGUGCCUCUACAGUCAUGACGGAGCAGCUUCAGAGCCUCAUUCUGAACUCAAUGGACGAUUACACUGACCUGCUUUGCCAACCUCCAACAUCCACACGAGCGUAUGAACACUCCGGAUUCGUCCUGCGCCUGAUUCUCGAUAACACUCAAAUAAAGUAUGAACCUGACUUCAACGACUUUGAGAUUGUUCUCCUGAAUGUUUACGAUGUGAUAAUCAAGGCGGCUAGCAUCGUACCACGUGUAGAGACAAAGUUAUACUCGGAAUGGAGCGGCAACAAAGCCAAGUCAUCACUGAAGCCGAUCAUUCUGGAAAACAUCGUCGAGUGUCACAAGGAACAGAUUCAUGAGAUCGUGCAGAAGGAAAGUGUCGGCCCGAUUGAACACGCCAAACUCUAUGAUAAAUACGAAUUCCUCAUCUCAAAACAGGCUGACAGCGACGUCGAGCAGUUCCUCCUUGAGCAACACACUUUCGAGGAAUACGCCAAAGAGGUGAAAAAAUAUCACAAACUCAUCGAUGAGAUUUCGUACAACUCAAUCAAGGUGAAGCGUCUGGGUAUGUUUGAGGUGCACUGCGAUGAGCUGAUCCGGGCUCUGUCCAAGAGAGCAGACGCCCUCUGCACACGUCUGCUCACAAGGAUGUCCAAGGACCACCAGGAAGCAAACAAAGCUCUAUGCAAUGACUAUGACGCCAUUGCCGAGAAGGCACUCACCACCCCAGCCAAUACUGAACAUCUCAUGGAGCUACAAGUCUUCAUCAAAACAGUCGAAAGUAAGACAAUCUUUGAGCUGGAGAACCGACUCUCCGAGGCCAAGGACAGAUUAGCCUUCUUGGUCGACUUUGCGUCUUUCUCGCCGGCCGAGAUGCGACUCAACUGCGACACAUUCAUGUGGAACGGACGGAUGCCGGCCAUUUUUGAGGAACACAGGGUGAUCAUGUCGGAGAAGAAGUCGCAGUAUGAAGACGCCUUGAAGUACAAACGCGAGCGUUUCGCUGAAGAGCUCGAAGGCUACAACAAACAGGUGGAGGAAUUCCAGAGCUUCGGCGACAUGAACGAGAUCCAGCGCUACCUGAAGAAAGCACAGGCCCUCGACAACAAGCUGCAGAUCGCUGCUGAUAAGAUUGAGGCGUUCAAUGCGGAGGAGGAGGCGUUUGGUUGGCAGACAACAGCGUACCCGGGACGACAGUCCACCAUCAAUACCCUGAAACCAUUCCUGAACCUUUAUGAGUUGACUGUGGAAUUCAACCAAAAGUACAAACAAUGGAUGGAUGGACCGAUGAUUGAAGUGGACCCUGACACCGUUGAUCAAGAAGUGGGCAACAUGUGGCGUGCACUAUACAAACUUGAGAAGGGCUUUGAGAAUGUGCCGACGUCGAAAAAGAUCGCUGCAAGGGUCAAAUCCAAGGUUGAGGAGUUCAAGGAUCAUCUUCCGUUGGUGCAGACACUGUUCAAUCCCGGUCUCCGUGACCGCCAUUGGGAUCAAAUCUCCGAGAUUGUCGGGUAUCCACUCAAACCGGAUGAAGACACCUGCUUGUCUAAGAUCGUCGACAUGAAUCUUGAGUCGUACAUUGCCAAGUUUGAGGGAAUCAGUGAGGCUGCAAGUAAGGAGUACUCACUCGAGAAGGCCAUGGAGAAGAUGAAAAUAGAGUGGGAUCCGAUUGAGUUCACGAUGAUCCCGUACCGCGAGACUGGGACACACAUCCUCUCCUCCAUCGAUGACAUCCAGCUGUUGUUAGACGAUCACAUCGUGAAGACACAGACCAUGAGAGGAUCGCCCUUCAUCAAGCCAUUUGAACAAGAGAUGAAGGAAUGGGAAUCAAAGCUGACUCUUGUCCAAGACAUUCUUGACGAGUGGCUCAAAGUCCAAGCGACUUGGCUCUACCUUGAGCCCAUCUUCAGCUCACCCGACAUCAUGGCCCAGAUGCCCGAGGAGGGCCGACGCUUCACCACCGUCGAUAAGAAUUGGCGGGAUAUUAUGAAGCAGGCGGUUGUUGAUCCCCGUGUGCUGACGGUUACCAACAUUGACAAGAUGUUGGAGAAGUUGAAGAAAUCAAACGAGCUCUUGGAGUUGAUCCAGAAGGGUCUGAAUGACUACCUGGAGAAGAAGCGUCUCUAUUUCCCACGAUUCUUCUUCCUGUCCAACGACGAGUUGCUCGAGAUUCUCUCCGAGACCAAGGAUCCAACCAGAGUACAGCCCCAUUUGAAGAAGUGCUUCGAAGGUAUCGCCAAGUUAGAAUUCACUGACAUCCUGGAUAUCACGCACAUGAAGAGUAGUGAAGAUGAGAUGGUGGAGCUGAAGGAUGUCAUCUCGACAUCCAAGGCUCGUGGCCAGGUUGAGAAAUGGCUGCUGGAACUGGAGAUAGACAUGAUUUCGUCACUUCACAAGGUCAUCGGCGAGUCUCUGGAUGCGUAUCAGAAGACCCCACGAGGAGACUGGGUCAAACAAUGGCCUGGUCAAGCCGUGCUGUGCGUCUCACAGAAAUACUGGACGGAUUAUGUUCAUAAGUCAAUCCGUGAAGGACAGACAGCCAUGGAGGAAUAUUUGACUGUGAAUAACAGCCAGAUUGACGAAAUUGUCGCAUUGGUCCGUGGAAAGUUGUCCAAGCAGAAUCGUACCACGUUGCAGGCGUUGAUCGUUCUGGACGUCCACGCACGUGAUGUGUUGGUGAAGCUGGUCGAUAUGAAGGUCUCGUCUGAGGAGGACUUCGAGUGGUUGAGUCAGAUGCGAUACUACUGGGAGGAGGACCAGAUGGUGACAAGGAUGAUCAACUCCAUGCUGAAGUACGGCUACGAGUACCUUGGCAAUUCAGGUCGUCUUGUUAUCACACCGCUCACUGACAGAUGUUACAGGACGCUAUUCGGAGCUCUUCACCUCCACUUGGGUGGUGCACCGGAGGGCCCUGCUGGAACCGGAAAGACUGAAACAACCAAAGAUUUGGCCAAAGCUGUUGCCAAACAGUGUGUCGUCUUCAACUGCUCCGAUGGUCUUGAUUACAUCGCCCUGGGAAAGUUCUUCAAAGGUCUCGCGUCAUGCGGCGCUUGGUCUUGCUUUGAUGAGUUCAACCGUAUUGAUCUGGAGGUGUUGUCUGUGGUGGCUCAACAGAUUCUUACUAUCCAGAGAGGAAUCAAUGCUGGUGCAGACACCAUGCUCUUCGAGGGAACAGAGAUCCAUCUCGACCCAACGUGCUCCGUCUUCAUCACCAUGAAUCCCGGUUACGCUGGUCGCUCUGAGCUUCCCGACAACUUGAAAGCUCUCUUCCGUACAGUCGCCAUGAUGGUGCCAGAUUACGCCAUGAUUGCUGAGAUCGUCUUGUACUCCUGUGGUUUCGUCAGCGCCCGCCCGUUGUCCGUCAAGAUCGUCGCUACCUACCGUCUUUGCUCUGAACAGUUGUCGUCCCAGCACCAUUACGAUUACGGUAUGAGAGCUGUCAAGUCUGUGUUGACUGCUGCUGGCAAUCUCAAGCUGAAAUACCCUGAAGAGAAUGAAGACAUCUUGAUGUUGAGGUCCAUCAUUGACGUCAACUUGCCAAAAUUCUUGAGCCAUGACUUGCCACUGUUCAGUGGUAUCACGUCAGAUUUGUUCCCCGGGAUCAAACUCCCCACUCCUGAUUACGAGGUCCUAAACGAGGCUGUCAUCGAGAACUGCCAGAAGAUGAAUCUGCAGUGUACCAAUUUCUUCUUGGAGAAGAUCCAACAGAUUUACGAGAUGAUGAUCGUACGUCACGGCUUCAUGAUUGUCGGUGAGCCGUUUGGAGGCAAGACGACGGCGUACCGUGUCCUUGCUAAGGCCUUGGGUGAUAUCCAUGAGAAGGGCCUACUGGAAGAGAACAAGGUCCAGAUCACAGUCAUCAACCCCAAGUCAAUCACGAUGGGCCAGUUGUACGGGCAGUUUGACCCGGUCUCCCACGAGUGGUCGGAUGGUAUCCUGGCUGUUUCUUACCGUGCAUUCGCAUCGUCGCAGACGCCUGACAGGAAGUGGCUGAUCUUUGACGGCCCGGUCGACGCCAUCUGGAUCGAAAACAUGAACACCGUCCUCGACGAUAACAAGAAAUUAUGUCUGAUGAGCGGUGAGAUUAUCCAGUUGGCCAACACAACCAACUUGAUGUUCGAGCCCAUGGAUUUGGAAGUGGCAUCCCCAGCUACCGUGUCCCGUUGUGGUAUGAUCUACAUGGAGCCCUCCUCUCUUGGCUGGCGCCCGGUUGUGAAAUCCUGGAUGAACACCCUCCCUGAGUCUCUGACUGACUUACACAAGACGACAAUCAACGAAAUGUUUGAGCGCUUUUGCGAUGCCUGCAUCCAGUUGAUUAGAAAGGGUGGAGUGAAAGAGUUGUCACCCACCAACGAUACCAAUGUGGUCAAGUCACUGAUGAACAUUAUGGAUUGUUUGAUGGAUGAGUACCAUGAUGAAGCUAAGAUCGCACAGAUGGAAGACCGCGAGACCAUCGCCUGGUUGGAAGGAAUCUUCAUCUUCGCCUUGACCUGGUCAAUAGGUGGCAGCAGCACUGAAGACAGCCGCCUGAAAUUCGACCCGCUCAUCCGUGAGUUGUAUGAAGGAGGAAUGACUGAGGACACGAGGAUCAAACUGAGCCUGCCGUCACUCGUGGAACCACCCGCCAAACCAUACACCGUACCAUUACCAAAAGAGGGCUCUGUCUAUGACUACAAGUUCAUCAAAGAGGGCAUGGGGCGCUGGGAGCUGUGGUCGGAAGCCUUGGCAGAUUCCCCUCCGAUUCAGAAAGAUGCUGCCUUCAAUGAGAUCAUCGUACCGACCAUGGAUACCGUCAGAUACACGUACUUGAUGAACAUUCUGGUCACGCAUCAGAAAUCAACCCUGUUCGUUGGUCCCACUGGUACUGGCAAGAGUGUCUACAUUGGGGACUAUCUGCUCCACCAACUUGACAAGGAGGCCUACAAACCAAACAUCAUCAACUUCUCGGCUCAGACGAGUGCCAACCAGACACAGAAUAUCAUCAUGUCAAAACUGGACAAGAGACGCAAGGGAGUGUAUGGACCACCGCUGGGAAAGAAAGCCGUUGUCUUCAUAGAUGACUUGAACAUGCCCAUCCGUGAGACAUACGGUGCCCAGCCUCCGAUCGAGUUGAUCCGCCAGUGGCUUGACCAUUGGAACUGGUAUGAUCUCAAAGACACCACCAUGAUCAAGCUCAUUGACAUUCAAGUUCUGGCCGCGAUGGGUCCCCCUGGUGGCGGCCGUAACCCAAUCACACCACGUUUCCUCCGCCAUUUUAACACGGUCACCAUUAAUGAGUUCAGCGAUGACACCAUGAUCACUAUCUUCCGAAGCAUCAUGGAAUGGCACAUCUCUACCAAGGGCUUUGCCAAUGAGUUCAAACCAUGCAUCGACCAGACUGUCAUGGGCACAUUGGAUGUCUACAAAGGCGCCAUGCAGAAUCUCCUCCCGACACCCGCCAAGUCACACUAUCUCUUCAACCUGCGAGACUUCAGCCGAGUCAUCGGUGGCAUUCUCCUCUCCACGCCCGAGACCAUGGAGGACCCGACGGCGAUGAAACGUCUGUGGGUGCACGAGGUUUACCGCGUCUACUACGAUCGUCUCGUCGACGAUGGUGAUCGUAAAUGGCUGUAUGAUUACGUCCGGGAUACCGUAAAGAAGGAGUUUAGAGAAGACUACGAUCAACUUUUCAUCCAUCUUGAUUUUGAUAACGACGGAAAGGUUACGGAGGACGACAUGCGUAGCAUGGUCUAUUGCGAUUUUUCCAAUCCUAAAUCGGAUAAGAACGAUUAUAUUGAAGUACGUGAGAUGGAGUCGUUGCGACAUGUUGUCGAGGGAUAUUUGGACGAGUUUAACAACUUGAGUAAGAAGCCAAUGAACUUGGUGUUGUUUAGAUUUGCUAUUGAGCACGUCUCGAGGAUCUCCCGUAUUAUCAAAGUGCCACGUAGCCACGCCCUCCUGGUCGGUGUCGGUGGUUCUGGACGUCAGUCAUUGACAAGAUUGGCCGCUCAUAUGUCUGAUUAUGAUAUUUAUCAGGUUGAGCUGAGUAAAAGUUACAGCACAAUUGAGUGGCAUGAGGAUCUGAAGCACAUCAUGCGCAAGGCGGCCGAGACGGACCAGCAUGCCGUCUUCCUAUUCGCCGACACGCAAAUCAAACAAGAGUCGUUCCUUGAAGACAUCAAUAAUCUACUGAACGCCGGUGAAGUGCCGAAUAUCUAUCCACUGGAUGAGAAGCAGGAGAUUUGUGAGAAGAUGCGACAGAUAGACAGACAACGUGACAAGACCAAACAGACCGACGGCACGCCCGUCUCGCUCUUUAACCUGUUUGUCCAACGUGUGCGUGACCAGCUCCACAUCGUGCUGGCCAUGAGUCCCAUCGGAGACGCGUUCCGUAACCGUCUCAGGAAGUUCCCGUCGCUGAUUAACUGCUGUACCAUUGAUUGGUUCCAGUCUUGGCCAGAAGAUGCUUUGGAGGCCGUCGCUAGCCGUUUCUUGGAAGAUGUUGAACUCUCCAACGAAGUCCGUGCUGGUUGCAUAGCUGUCUGUAAAUACUUCCACACAAGUACACGUGACCUCUCGGAGCGCUAUCACCUAGAGUUAGAGCGACACAACUAUGUCACACCAACCUCGUACCUAGAAUUGAUCAGUACUUUUAAAUCUCUUCUUGAGAAAAAGCGAGGUGAAGUUAUGAAGCAGAAGCGUCGGUACGAAGUGGGUCUGGAGAAACUAGAAUCGGCCCAAUCUCAGGUGUCGGUCAUGCAGCAGGAGCUGACCGAUCUCCAGCCGCAGCUGGUCCAGGCGGGAAAAGAAGUCGAUGAGAUUAUGAUUGUGAUUGAACGAGAGUCCAUCGAGGUGGCAAAGGUCGAGAAGGUCGUCAAGGCUGAUGAGGCAGUUGCCAGUGAACAAGCCAAGGCGGCCCAAGCCAUCAAGGAUGAGUGCGACGGUGAUCUAGCUGAGGCGAUGCCAAUCUUGAAUGCCGCUCUGGCGGCGCUGAACACUCUCACAUCAAACGAUAUUACGAUCGUCAAAACAAUGAAAUCGCCACCCAACGGCGUUCGUCUCGUUAUGGAGUCAAUCUGCGUCCUAAAGGGAGUCAAACCAGAUCGUGUACCGGAUCCAAGCGGUUCUGGAAAGAAGAUCGAGGAUUACUGGGGCCCAUCAAAGAAAGUCCUUGGCGACAUGAAGUUCUUGGAAUCACUGGUCAACUUCGACAAGGACAACAUUCCCGCUCCAGCUAUCAAACAGAUUCGUACCAAAUACGUCACAAAUCCGGACUUUGAUCCUGAUAAAGUCAAGGUGGCCUCCACCGCCUGUGAAGGUCUGUGCCGCUGGGUGCGAGCGAUGGAGUCUUAUGACUUGGUUGCCAAAGUUGUUGCACCGAAGAAGAUUGCCCUGAAGGCUGCUGAGAGUGAACUGGCUGUCGCCAUGGCCUCGUUGGAAAAGAAACGUGCCAGCCUCCGUGAGGUCCAAGAAAAGCUUGCCGCACUCGAGACGAAGCUUGAAUCCAAUAAGCAGAGGAAGGUCGAGUUAGAGGACCAGGUGGACCUUUGUACGAAGAAGUUGGAUCGUGCUGAACAGCUGAUUGGCGGUCUUGGUGGUGAGCGUGCCAGGUGGUCAGAGUCGGCAAAACAGCUUGGAAUCAAAUAUAUCAAUCUGACCGGUGAUGUCCUCAUCUCAUCUGGGCUUGUCGCUUACCUCGGGGCGUUCACUUCGGCUUUCAGACAGGAUCAAAUUCAAGAAUGGAUUAAAGCCACUCGUGACAUCCAGAUCCCGUGUUCGCCCGAGUUCUCGUUGAUUGUAACUCUUGGUGACCCUGUCCUGAUCCGGGCGUGGAAUAUUGCUGGUCUGCCCACUGACAGCUUCUCAGUUGACAACGGCAUCAUCAUCAGUAACGCCCGUCGCUGGCCCCUGAUGAUUGAUCCUCAAGGCCAGGCAAACAAGUGGGUGAAAAACAUGGAGAAGGCAAACAACCUUCAUGUCGUCAAACUCAGCGAUGGUGACUUUGUGAGGACGCUCGAGAACUGUAUUCAGUUUGGAACACCAGUUCUUCUAGAGAAUGUAGCAGAGGAGUUGGAUCCCCUUCUGGAGCCCCUCCUGCUCAAGCAGACGUUCAAGCAAGGUGGCAGCAUAUGUAUUCGUCUGGGUGACUCCACCAUCGAGUAUUCCAUGGACUUCCGCUUCUACAUGACAACAAAGCUACGAAACCCACACUACCUGCCUGAAACCUCCGUCAAAGUGACGCUGUUGAAUUUCAUGAUCACACCGGAGGGUUUGGAGGAUCAGUUGUUGGGUAUCGUCGUGGCCAAGGAGCGUCCGGAACUUGAGGAGGAGAAGAAUGCUUUGAUUAUUCAGAGUGCUGAGAAUAAGAGACAACUGAAGGAGAUUGAGGACAAGAUCCUGGAGGUUCUAUCCUCAUCCGAGGGCAACAUCCUCGAAGACGAGCGUGCCAUCAAAGUCCUCUCAUCCUCCAAGGUUCUCUCAAAUGAAAUCUCAGAGAAACAAGAAAUCGCCGAGACAACCGAGAAGAAAAUUGACGAGACUCGUGCAGGUUACAAACCGAUCGCGAUCCAUUCUACUAUCUUGUUCUUCUCCAUUGCUGACUUGGCAAAUAUUGAUCCCAUGUACCAGUACUCACUGACGUGGUUCAUCAACUUGUUUAUCAUGUCGAUCGAGAAUGCGGAGAAGUCUGAGAACAUGGGAGAGCGUCUGCAGUCGUUGAAGGAUCAUUUCACGUACUCGCUGUAUUGUAACGUGUGUCGGUCAUUGUUUGAGAAAGAUAAGCUUCUCUUCUCGUUCAUCCUGUGCGUGAACAUGCUGAAACACAACAAAGAAGUCGACGAAGAGGAAUGGCGCUUCCUCCUGACCGGAGGUAUCGGCCUUGACAACCCACACACCAACCCCACCGCCUGGCUUCUCCCAAAGUCCUGGGACGAGGUCUGUCGUCUGGACGAGUUGCCCAAGUUCAACGGCAUGAGAAAGAAGUUCAUCAAUUACAAGGAGCAGUGGAAGCAGGUUUAUGAUGCCAUGGAACCUCAAGAGGAAGUAUUCCCCGGCGAAUGGCAGGAAAGACUUGGAGAAUUCCAGCGAAUGCUGGUCAUCAGAUGCCUGAGGGCGGACAAGAUUCUACCGACCGCCCAGGAAUUCAUCACACACAAAAUAGGCAAGAAAUUCAUCGAGCCUCCACCGUUUGAUUUGCCUGGGUCGUUCAACGAUUCUCACUGCUGCGCUCCACUGAUCUUCAUCCUGUCCCCUGGUGCCGAUCCUGCUGCUGCCUUACUCAAGUUUGCUGAUGAUAUGGGUUUUGGUGGCGCGAAGUUUGACUCGCUCUCCCUCGGACAGGGCCAGGGUCCUAUCGCCAUGAAGAUGAUUGAGAGAGGAAUCAAGGAAGGGACAUGGGUCUUACUCCAGAACUGUCACUUGGCUCCCUCCUGGAUGCCAACUCUCGAGAAAGUCUGCGAGGAAUUCAACCCGGACGGCACACAUCCUGAUUUCCGUCUCUGGCUGACCAGUUACCCGACGAGUUUCUUCCCAGUGGCCAUCUUACAAAAUGGCGUCAAGAUGACCAACGAGCCGCCGAAAGGUCUACGAUUCAACAUCAUGCGGUCGUAUCUCAGCGAUCCGACCUCGGAUCCUGAGUUCUUCAAUGGAGUUAAAAAUCAUGAACCCUUCAAGAAGAUGUUGUACGGUCUUUGCUUCUUCCAUGCCUACGUUCAGGAGAGGAGGAAGUUUGGACCAAUCGGUUGGAACAUCCCCUACGAGUUCAACGAGACAGAUUUGCGUAUCAGCGUCCGUCAGUUGGCCAUGUUUUUCAACCAGUAUGAUGAAAUACAAUAUGAUGCCCUGCGCUACCUGACUGGAGAAUGUAACUACGGUGGCCGGGUGACGGACGACUGGGACAGACGCUGCCUCCAUAGCAUCCUCAACAUGUUCUACUGUAAACCUAUUGUGGAAGACCAGGACUACAAAUUCGAUGAGAGUGGUCUCUACUAUGCGCCCCCUACUGGUGAUUACGACAGUUACAUCGAGUAUACCAAGACGUUCCCGCUCAACACAUCGCCAACCGUCUUUGGCCUGCACCAGAAUGCUGACAUCACCAAGGACCAGAAGGAGACUGGCGUCCUCUUCGACAGCAUCUUGCUCACACAGGCCCGUGCUGCCGAGGGUGGAGGAAAAUCAAGUGACGAUGUUGUGGACGAAGCUGCUGGAGACAUCUUAGUCCGUCUGCCUCCGAAUUUCGACAUCGACGCGGUGAUGCGUCGCUUCCCAACCUCGUACAAACAGAGUAUGAACACGGUCCUUGUGCAGGAGAUGACGAGGUUUAAUCGUCUGCUCAUCACAAUUAGAUCGAGUCUGCAGAACAUCAGGAAGGCUCUCAAGGGUCUUGUUGUGAUGUCUUCUGAUCUAGAGGAGGUUGUGUACAGCAUCAUGAAGUCCAAGAUCCCCGGCCUCUGGAUGAAGAAGUCAUACCCGUCUCUCAAACCACUUGGAAGUUACGUCACUGACUUCUUGGCCAGGCUCAAGUUCUUACAGGAUUGGUACGAGAAUGAAGCGCCCACCACUUUCUGGGUCUCUGGCUUCUACUUCACGCAGGCGUUCUUGACCGGCGUCCAGCAGAAUUACGCCAGGAAAUACACAAUCCCCAUUGAUCUGCUGACGUUUGAUUACGAUGUGAUGGACGACAAGGAAUACAGAGAACCACCAGAUGAUGGUGCCUACAUCAAGGGCUUGUUCUUGGACGGUGCUCGCUGGGACAGGAAGACACGAAAGCUGGCUGAACAACAUCCAAAGGUUCUCAAUGACACGGUGCCUGUGAUCUGGAUCAAGCCGUGCAAGAAAGAAGAGAUUGCCAAACGCCAGACGUAUAUCUCGCCCGUCUACAAGACCAGUGAAAGACGAGGCACACUCUCCACGACCGGUCACUCCACUAACUUUGUCAUCUCGAUGCUGCUACCCUCGGACAAACCAUCCGAGCAUUGGAUUCGACGAAGCGUGGCAUUGCUAUGUCAGCUCGAUGAUUAGAAUAUUGAAACUACGAUAAUAUGCAACGUUGAGGACAAUAUUUCAUGACGUUGAAAAUUACAAAGAAAAUUUGAGCACAAUUUUUCCUGACAUUUAUUAGUUAGAACUGUCAUGACAGUAACUUUUGCUAUUCAGAGUGCUACCUACCAGAAAAUUUAUUCAAAUAUAUUUAUUUUGCAAGAUGUUGUAAGAUUAUUUAUGUAAAUAAACUUGUGUAUAAAGAGUUAUUUACUUGACCAGGAAAGUUUUUGUGUUUUGUAUGCGGAGUACAUUGGGAGCUCUGCAUACGUGGUUUGUAAGUUUGGCUGAAUUCAUGCUAGGGUAUACCAGAAACUGUCUGGUUCAGACAUACUUUACUGCUGUGAUAAGUGCAGGUAUCCUUUGCAACUCCCAUGGUUAAGAUACUGAUGUGUUAACUCAAGAUUCAUCAUUAGACUCGUUAGUUUCAGUUUUCUGUUUCUGUUUCUUGGGCAGCAAAGCGUUUUAGAAGUGCCAAAACCUACCAUCUCGAACCACCAUUGAAGAAAAUAUGUGCAAGAGGUUCAUUUACAUCGGGCCUAACUAUGCAUAGUUAUCCUUAUUAUUGAAGGAUCCUUCGUUUUUCUACGAGUUGUUGUCAAAAUAUCGUUUCAAUGUGAAAACUGCAUGGCUUAAUAGUAUACAGUGACAGUUACUUCAUCAUUAUAAUCUUCUAUCCAGAAAAAUCAAAUGUUGCUAUGAGUACCAGUCCACUUUCUGAUUGGUGAUAGGAUCACAUUAUGUUUUGAUUAAUAUUGGCAAACAUCUCCAAUAAAUAUCAUUCAUUUCCGUCCAGUUUGUGUGAACUACUGUGAUAAUUUCAAACCGUCCUAUUUUCACAUUUAGAACUGCUGAAGAUUUUCUACAUGUAUCAUUCCUUUCUUUAUUUUUGAUUGCACUUUUAGGGAAUAGUUUCAAUGUGUUUGCAGCUAACUUGGCACAAUCAUUACCACACAAAGAAUUAAGGUCAGGUUAAGUUGAAAUAGACUCGGGUUUGAACCUUUCUUGAAAAUCUGUGAUAAGCUAACAAUGAUUCCCUCCAGUGCCACUAGUGGCGCCACUUGUACAGUGAUCUCUAUUGGUCAAAUCUUGUACUAAUAUUUGAAAUUAUUUAUCUGCUUUUGUUUGUUUGAUAUUUUGUUAUAGUCAAGAGAUUUCAUAUACACACGUCAUUAUGUAAAUAGGAAUUAUUAGUUUGUCUGAGUAACCAAUGAUGAUCAUAUUUGAUUAACAAUAAAGCAAGAAAAUGGAAUCUUUUUUCAGUACCAUCCUUUAUGAUCCACCUGUUUUUGACACAAGGAGCAUUGGCUCCUAGUCGAUUUUACAGUAAAUUGCCCAGCCAUCUGGGUGGGACUGUUCAGUCUUGCUGUAUGAUCAUUCCAUGUACAUUGUAUUGUAACUACUAUUUUUUGUGAAAUGCAACAGUGAAUAUAUUUAGAAAA